UUUACAUUUUGGCAUGUUUUAGUAUAUGCAAAUAUUUAAAAAAUGUUUUCAGUAAUUAUAUUCAGGAAUAUAGUAUUCAUAUUUUAGAACUGUUGCAUGUGUAAUGUCAGAUAAAGCAAAUGAAUGUUUAGUGAAUAUUCUAAUUUUAAAUGUAAUAUAGAGGAGCUUAGGGAAAGUCGUUAGAGUCUUCUGUUUAAAUUAUAUGUAUGAUGGAUUCAUGGUUAAUCUAUCUACCUAUCUACCACCCAUUUACCUAUUUACCUGCUGGCUUUGUCCACUCAAAAUUCCGAUAACAUUGACCAUUCCAAUAAAUAUCAUCAUUCCUAGGUUCAGAUUGUUGUAUUGCAAUAAUUUUUCUUGGUGUGAGAAUCUAGGGCUUCUUGGAGAAAUGACUGAUUCCAGAUUUAGAACAGGAAACCUGUAAGAGAAGCUAGAAACAGAUGAAUAUGUUCAAUUGCACCAUGUGGAUGAAAUUAGCAAAACCGACAUUAUGGAAAACUCUACUGUCAAAAUACCUGAGUUCUUCAACAAGUAGAUUGGAAGAAAGUGAAUGGGCUAUACAGAGAAUCUAUCAAUUAAAAUAGACUUAAAGCAUAUGGAAUUACAAAAUGGACAACACUAAGUUAUAAUGCAUAACGAUUCAAACUAGGAUGAUUAAACUAUUCAGGAAAGCAAGGCAGUAAUUUCUUAAAGGUUGAGAAUUGUAAUUUCUGCUGAUGAUAGGAGCAUUGCAAUUGUAAUGGAACACACAAAUGGAUUUAUGUGACUGCUAUCAAACUUCUGUUUCUUGAUCUUGGUAGUGAUUGCAAUUAUUAUGAAGUGGUUCACCUUGUAACAGUCAUACAUCAUGGAAGCAGACAGGGUGGCCGGUAAGAGUGGAGUUGGAGGCAGAUGUCCAGUGUAUUGAGAAAGAGUGCAUGCUAGGGUGGGUUGGUUUUCAUGUUUAUUAUUUGGUAUUCAUGACUGGAUUUCAUCUUCUUGAACAUACACAUUUAUCUUUGUAAGAUAUAUAUUCUUCAUGAAGUAUUUGACAUCAACCUUGUGUAGAAAGUAGUAGAGACAGGUUAUGGAGUUGAGGAGCAGGAGAGGAAUGUUUUUCAACCUGAAAUGCCCUUAAUCUUUUUAGAAUAGAAGCAGUUGUUCUCCCUCUUUUGGUCUCUAGAUUUCACAAGGAACAAGGGCUUAGAACUAAAUGUUGAUGAAUUACUCUAGUGCCACUUAAUUUUAUCUCCUUGGUUUCCCUGGCUCUGAAGAACUACAUUAUAUCCUUUUUGCUAUAUUCUUCUUUUUCUACUUGGUGACAUUAAUGGGAAACACCGUCAUCGUCGUGAUUGUCUGUGUGGAUAAACGUCUGCAGUCCCCCAUGUAUUUCUUCCUCGGCCACCUGUCUGCCCUGGAGAUCCUGGUCACAACCAUAAUCGUCCCCGGGAUGCUUCUGGGAUUGCUGCUCCCUGGGACGCAAACAGUAUCUUUGUCUGCCUGUGUUGUCCAGCUCUUCCCAUACCUUUAUAUGGGGACAUUACUUGGAGCAAUGGCUGUGGACUGUUAUAUUGCUGUGUGUAACCCUUUGAGGUGCAACAUCAUUAUGAACAGACACACCUGCAACUUUGUGGUUCUUGUGUCAUGGGUGUUUGGGUUUCUUUUUCAAAUCUGGCCAGUCUACGUCACGCUUCAGCUUACUUACUACAAAUCAAAUGUGGUGAAAAAUUUUUUCUGUGACCGAGGGCAAUUGUUCAAACUAUCCUGCAAUAAUACUCUUUUCACGGAGUUUAUCCUCUUUUUAAUGGCUGUUUUUGUUCUCUUUGCUUCUUUGAUCCCUACAAUUGUCUCGUACUUCUACAUCAUCUCCACCAUUCUCAAGAUCCCGUUAGCCUCUGGCCGGAGGAAAUCCUUCUCCACUUGUGCCUCCCACUUCACCUGUGUUGUGAUCGGCUACAGCAGCUGCUUGUUUCUCUACUUGAAACCCAAGCAAAUGCAGGCAGCUGAUUACAAUCGGGUAGUUUCCUUGAUGGUUUCAGUAGUAACUCCUUUCCUCAAUCAUUUCAUCUUCACCCUCCGGAAUGAUAAAGUCAUAGAGGCCCUUCGGGAUGGCGUGAAAUGCUGCUGUCAACUAUUCAGGAAUUAGCCUUGCUCUGAGACAUUUUACAUGAUGAAGCACUUAGUAUGGAUUCUAGAAUAAUCUGAAAAGAACUUGCUCAUCUUUGAACUGCAUCAUAAUUAUUACCAUUAUCAAAUAAUUAGUGUGCAACAAAAGACUUUUAAGUUACAGUUAUGGUUUUUAAUAUGGUUAGUUGUUACUUGAAACUCAGUUUAUUGUUUUUAAGACAUGUCUUGCUAUCUAUCUAGCUAUCUAUCAUCUGCCUUUCUUAAGAUAUAAUGAUUUCACAAUUAAACUUUGAAAAAUUAAAUGUCAGAGAUAGACUAUGUAGUCUAGAAAGUUGACUAGUGGUUGCUUAAGGCUGAGGGGAAUGCAGACAUAGGGUAGUGAUAGCUAAGGGGUACAGGCUUUCUUUUUGAGAUGAUGGCUGUAAAUAUCUACAAAUAUACCAAACACCAUUGAGCUGUACAUUUUCAAUGAGUUAAUUUUAUGGAAUGUGAAUUAUAUUUCAAUAAAGCUAUUGAAAAUAGUAUAUUAGAUGGUGAAGAAGUAUUGUGAAGAAAAGUGAAACAGGAACGAAAGGGAAUAUCUCUUGCAGGAGUGUUGAAAUUUCAAAUAAGGUUUUCAGGGAAGGAUUGAGAGAGGUAAGGUGGUGAUACAUUCGGAAACUUGUUAAAGAACAUUCCAGGCAUAGUGAGUAAUAAGUGGGAGAUCCUAGGGAAGGCAUAGCAAAGACACUGAAAUGGAGUGUGCAAAGGAGAAAGCAAUUGCAGUCAGAGUGGUAACUGGAAUGCAGACCAUGUAGAGCCUUGUGAGCUUUUUUUUUUUUCCAGGUAUGCAA